AUGGCGGACCGACCCCACCGAGGCGGGCACGGCGGCGGCUCCCGGGGUGGUCGUGGCGGGCGUGGAGGAGGAGGCCGGGGCGGCGGCGGCGGCGGCGGACAGGGCCAGGGCCAGGGGCAGGGGCAGGACAAGGAGCGGCCGAAGAAGGAGAACAUCCUGGACCUGAAGAAGUACAUGGACAAGCGGAUCACGGUCAAGUUUAAUGGCGGACGGGAAGCGACGGGUGUGUUGAAGGGGUAUGAUGCGCUGAUGAACUUGGUUUUGGACGAGGUGGAGGAGCUUUUAAGAGAUGACGAGGGCAACGAGAUGACUAGGCCGCUCGGGUUGGUGGUGGUGCGUGGUACGCUGCUCGUGGUGCUCAGCCCGGUCGACGGGAGCGAGGUGAUAGCGAAUCCUUUCCUUCAGGCGGAAGAGGAGUGA